UCAACUCCGUUACUUGAGAGAGUGCAACGCUGGGAGGCGCUACUCCGUACAAGGAGCUCCGCAGUUUGACCUUCUUUCAUUUACAAUGGUGAAGCUGGCCAUGUCGUCUGUGACAGCCUGCGCGCUGCUGCUGCUCUUCACUGUCUCGGCGGUCACCGCACGCGCGCAGACUGCGGCCACUGCUGCAGCUGUACAAGCAGAUGCCAAAAAUGCGAGCGCAGUAACUGACAUCGAAGAUUCGUCGCCUGCAGCUGAUGCAGCAGCUGAUGAGGUCACAGAUGCAGCAGCUGCAGACGAAGAAGGCACGCCUGUGCAAUACCCCUUCAGAGAUCUGCCUGCUGAUGUACUCAGAGAUUUCCCGGGUCUCUGCUUCGGGUCGACGGCUCUGCGCUUGUUCCAGGUGGGUCAGUCGUGGUCCCUGACCCCUUUUUGCGGGGUCGCGACUUGCCUCGUUAGUCGGGACGGCUUCCACCUCAUGGAGAGGGUCCAGGACUGUGGACCUCAACCCCUGCGUAACCCCAGAUGUAAGAACGUUAACCUCAAAACCGACCAUCCCUUCCCCGGCUGCUGCCCCAAGUUUGAGUGUGAGGAAGGCGUUGAGUUGGAAUACCCGACACAGGAGGAGCUGCAGCAACUCGCUCAUGAGGCUGCCCAGGCCGCCGUCAGGGCGCAAUACGAGGAGGACGUUGAGGGUGAAGAGGUCCAACAGUCAGCCAGAGUCUCCGCUGACAAGACUGACGUGAUACCUACUGAAGAGGAUCAAACUGACGUGGCAACUACUGAAGACGCCGCCAGUAAGGACGUGGCUAAGCCUCCUGCCAAACCCGCUGCUAAAGAAGUACCACAAAAAGUCGAAAUUGUCAUAUGGAAAGAUCAUCAUAUGUACAGAUCUUCAUGUGGACAGCAGAUCGUCAUAUGGACAGAUCAUCAUAUGGAUAGAUCGUCUUAUGGACAGACCGUCAUAUGGACAGAUCGUCAUAUGGACAGAUCAUCAUGUGGACAGAUCGUAUAUGGACAGAUCGUCAUAUGGACAGAUCGUCAUAUGGACAGAUCGUCAUAUGGACAGAUCGUCAUGUGGACAGAUCGUCAUAUGGACAGAUCAUCCAAGAUGAAGUUGAUCCUCUCGAUCGCGUUGUUGGCCGCGGCAGUAACGGCCCUACCUCAGGAGGCUGCCAAGUCCGGACCAGCCAAGACUCCCGCUGGUCAGCCCGGCAAGACGCCAGAGAGGGAUUUUUCUGUCAGAGAUUUGCCAGCUGAUCAGCUUCGCGACUUCCCCGGAGUCUGCUUUGGUUCAACUACCUUCAGGUUCUACAAAAUCGGCGAAUCAUGGCCUCUGUCGCCAUUCUGUGGCAUCGCUACUUGCCUCACCGACGGACGCCAUCUCAUCGAACGCGUCCGCGACUGCGGAAUUUUACCAAAGGACAACCCCAAGUGCAAGGUUGUAAAUUUGAGUGACCGCACUCAGGCAUUCCCUGCCUGCUGCCCCAAGUUCGAGUGCGAAGAGGGUGUAGAGCUCGAGUACCCAACUGCUGAGGAGCUACAAGCAUUUGCACAGAAGGCUCAUCAGGCUCAAGUUGCGGCCGCUGCUGCACAGCAACAGCAGCAGCUUUUGGAAGCUCAGGCACUGCAAGCGCAGGCCCUGCAGGCCCAAGCGCCCAUUGCCAGAGGCUGAUUAUGCUGGGACUUGCACGAUGUAGGAAUGCGGAGUAUUGAUCCAAUUUUGGAGUGGCGAAGGCUCUGGUACGAACAAAUAAUGCCCAGGGGAGGAUUUCAAAAUAAACUAACGGCAUCAGAACUCACGAUUUCUGCGGGAAUUUUCGAGAAGGCAGCCUUUAGAGUGAGGGUAGCCUUCUAACUAGCAAGCUCCACUCCAUUUCUGGGACUCUCAACUAGCUUCGUUUUCUAUUUGAUGAAAAAAAUCUUCAAUAAAAACUUACCCAACAAAUAAUAUUCAACGUCAUCAUGGGUUAGCUGUUGAACAAUCGUUUUUCUCUUGAUGAAAAGACUGUCGCACGGCAGGUUCGCACCCGUAACCACCCUACAUUUUCAAUUAACUUAAUUACUCUUAUAAUAUCCAUGACAUUCUAGCAUGAAUUAAUUACUGACGGAAAUGUCUUAUGAGGUAUUCUGCGGAUGCUUACUACAUACGUUGCAAUUGAGUUAUUGUUUUUACUAAUGUGAUCAGAUUUAUUCUGAAUUAAUGGUAGAUUUCUCAGCUUCAUUCACAUCUGGGAGUUGCGACUCAAAUGUAGGGAGCAUAAGGGUAAUUGUAGUGGAUUAAAAGUUGAUCCACGCGCGGAAUUGUUAGAAGGAUAAAAAUUAAAGUUUAGUAUGCCAUUUGAGGAUGCCCAGCUGUUGUCAGGAUCAAUAAUUUCGUCCAGAUUUGUAAUUCGAAAAUAUGAAACUAUUUAUUGUGUGUGAUAACUAAUGUAAGUAUCCAUGAAAAUAGAAUUACAAAGUCUU